AUGAGCAACACAAUGACAGCCGCCCACGAGCCAACGAUACAUUACCUGGACAGCGUCCUCAACGAGGAGGAGACCCGAUGCGAGUAUGGCCAUCAGUGGCGCAACUUUUCCAUUUCCCGUUCUGGCCGCUUCCGGUCGAAAAACAAGAAACGGGAUGCGGUGGAUGGUAAACUUUUCGAUGUAAACAGUGCCUCCGGAUCCUCGAAAGAAAACGAAAAGAUUUCGGUGCGAAACUCUUCCAACAGUGGUUUGGCGAAGCCCUCGACCAAUGGAACUGCAGGAUCCUCCGCGGUGGCAGGAACAUCGACACGAAGUCAACGCGACAAAGCGGAAAGCUAUAAAAGUUUUUACGAAACGAAUUUAUAGAUAGACGACACCUUCAUAAGCUUUUGGCUAUAUUUUCUAUUCGUAUUCCUUAUAUACAUAGUCUAGAAUGUCAUGCACACAUAGCAUGGCACGACGCUUUAUUGUUUCAGAUUUAGAUUCGGGUGAGCUAGGCAAAGAUGAAAAGGCAAGGGACUUAUUGCAAUAGUUUCAGGGAAGACGAUACUUUGCGCAAAUGACUUGAUGUCCCUUGAUUUUAAUAUUUAAUAAGGCAUGUGAGCACACAAUCACUUAUCUCCUUCCAUGCUUGGAACGAUCGUACUUAAGAAAAAUUCUUAUCUCCUGCAUGCUAGUUUGCUUAGAUUUUAAAAGUAUUAAAUCGUGAUAAUUGCACUAAACUAUAUGCAUAUCUUUAAGUUUAUAUCUAUGUUAUUGUAAGUCUUACAUUUAGUCAAAGUGGUUACAAUCGCAUCAGACCAAUAAAGAACGAGGUUCAAUUUGA